CGGCAGCUCGGCCCCGGCGGACGGCGGGACACGGCGGCUGCUCCGGCGACAUGUGCGGCCGGCGGGGAGGCAUCUGGCUGGCUCUGGCCGCGGCGCUGCUGCACGUGUCCCUGCAAGGCGAGUUCCAGAGGAGGCUGUACAAGGAGCUGGUCAAGAACUACAACCCGCUGGAGAGGCCGGUGGCCAACGACUCGCAGCCGCUCACCGUGUACUUCUCCCUGAGCCUCCUGCAGAUCAUGGAUGUGGAUGAGAAGAACCAAGUUUUAACCACCAACAUUUGGCUACAAAUGUCUUGGACAGAUCACUAUUUGCAGUGGAACAUGUCUGAGUACCCCGGAGUGAAAAAUGUUCGUUUUCCAGAUGGCCAGAUUUGGAAACCAGACAUUCUCCUCUAUAACAGUGCAGAUGAACGCUUUGAUGCCACAUUCCACACCAACGUCUUGGUGAAUGCAUCUGGGCAUUGCCAGUAUCUCCCUCCAGGCAUAUUCAAGAGCUCCUGCUACAUCGAUGUACGCUGGUUCCCUUUUGAUGUGCAGCAGUGCAAACUGAAGUUUGGGUCCUGGUCCUAUGGAGGGUGGUCCUUGGACCUGCAGAUGCAAGAGGCAGAUAUCAGCAGCUAUAUCCCCAAUGGAGAAUGGGAUCUCAUGGGAAUCCCUGGCAAAAGGAAUGAGAAGUUCUAUGAAUGCUGCAAAGAGCCAUACCCAGAUGUCACCUACACAGUAACCAUGCGCCGUAGGACACUCUACUAUGGCCUCAACCUGCUCAUUCCUUGUGUGCUCAUUUCAGCCCUGGCUUUGCUGGUAUUCUUGCUGCCUGCAGACUCUGGAGAGAAAAUCUCUCUUGGAAUAACUGUCUUACUUUCUCUGACUGUCUUCAUGCUGCUUGUGGCUGAGAUCAUGCCAGCAACAUCUGAUUCCGUGCCCUUGAUAGCACAGUACUUCGCCAGCACCAUGAUCAUCGUGGGCCUCUCAGUGGUCGUGACAGUGAUUGUGCUGCGAUAUCACCACCAUGACCCUGAUGGUGGCAAAAUGCCUAAGUGGACCAGGAUCAUUCUUCUGAAUUGGUGUGCAUGGUUUCUGCGCAUGAAGAGGCCGGGAGAGGACAAGGUGCGGCCGGCUUGUCAGCACAAGCCUCGGCGCUGCAGCCUGGCCAGUGUGGAGCUGAGCGCAGGUGCGGGGCCACCCACCAGCAAUGGCAACCUGCUCUACAUUGGCUUCCGAGGCCUGGAGGGCAUGCACUGUGCCCCAACUCCAGACUCUGGGGUCGUGUGUGGUCGUUUGGCCUGCUCCCCAACACAUGAUGAGCACCUCAUGCAUGGUACACACCCCUCUGAUGGGGACCCCGACCUGGCCAAGAUCCUGGAGGAGGUCCGCUACAUCGCCAACCGCUUCCGCUGCCAGGAUGAGAGUGAGGUGAUCUGCAGUGAGUGGAAGUUUGCGGCCUGUGUGGUGGACCGCUUGUGCCUCAUGGCCUUUUCGGUUUUUACCAUCAUCUGCACCAUCGGCAUCCUCAUGUCAGCCCCAAACUUUGUGGAGGCUGUGUCCAAAGACUUUGCUUAAUGUUAUCAUGUAGGAGAUGCACAGAUAAGAAGAGAAUCUGGAGGACGAGAAUUGGGGUCCUAACUCUACAUUGUGAUAAAUGGAAGAACUCUGAGGUAUCCCUGUAGCUGUCGGUCUUGAGAUUUAUUUUCCUGGUUACUUUAACUAAAAAGAUCCCAGCAGCUUCUGUUUACUUUUCUUACACCCAUCACCGGCAUAUCAUUGUACUCGGCAGGGGCACCAUGUGGUCAUUUGCCCACUCUGGAUAGCCCUACAGGGUAGAUCUUAGUGGCUCUAGUAGGCCAGUAGAGAGGCCUGUCCAGUUUGUGGCGCAUGCCUGCAUGCCCCUUGUCAUGGGCUCACCCGAUAGGCUGUCUGCCUUUGCCAUGCACAGACCCAGGCUGAAACCAAUCCAGAGCACUUCCCACUGGAUCCAUUUCAACAGCUGCCUUGCAAAAGGAAGUCAAAUUCAAAUACAAACUACAAACCCCUCUGCUACUUACAUUCUCUGUGAUUUAACUUACAUCUAACUAUAUCUAUCUAUCUAUCUGUC